AUGGCCUUCCGCACCACAGCAGAAGAGAUAGAGAGGCUUCAGCUAUCCGACGAUGAUACAGAAGACCUCUGGAACUCCCCAUCCAAAAAAGGGCCCCACAAAAAGAUCAAUCUAAGUACCUCCAACGAGAAGACUACCCCAGAACCUCGAGCUUCCAAUGAUGGCGAGGAUCCUUUCUUUGAUCAACAGGAGGCCCGAGAGGCUGCCCUCCGGACAGAAUUACAAGGUGUGCGGAAUAUCAACGAAGUGAUAGAAGGACUUCUGGGAAGUUUAGACUCCGCCAAAGGGAACAUGGAGACAGUCUCACAAACUGUUACCUCGGCCUCGACGCUCCUCAACACAUGGACUCGCAUUCUCUCCCAGACCGAGCAUAACCAGCGGUUGAUACUCAAUCCCAACUGGCAAGGUGCUACUCAAGAUGUGGUCGAUAUUGAGAAUCAAGCAAUUCAAAGACAGCAAGCAGCAGAAAGACGUGAACAGGCGCUUCAGCAACAAAGAGAAGCAGCAGCGCGGAAAGCCGAGGAAAUUGAAAAGCGGCGCGCUCAGGUCACUCGGGACCAAUCACCGGAGCUUGAACGCGCUCUGUCUCCUCCCCAGCCAGAUGGUCACCGAAUAUCCCCAAUCCUCCACUCACCGCGACCCUCGGCCGACCUACCCUCCCCCAAUCACUUUGCUAGCGGCGGACAUGGCAACACUGGCUUCGGACGGGACAUCGAGGGUGGUCAUGUGAGCUUAGGGGCUUUUGAAACCAGUCUUCCGAUUCGCAUGGACAUUGAAGCAGCGCUGGCGUAUCUGCUUCUGCCUCCCGCGGGAGGUGUGUUUCUGCUACUAGCUGAACACAAGAGCGACUAUGUGCGAUUUCAUGCUUGGCAAUCGAGCAUGUUGUUUGCUACCAUGUUUAUCAUCCACCUACUGUUCUGCUGGUCGAGCUUCCUCUCCUGGACAUUGUUCAUUGUUGAUAUUGCAUUGAUUGGCUUCCUUAGCAUGCAUGCUUACCAAGAUGUUGACACUUUGGACCACUUUGAGGUCCCUCUCUUUGGCCAUCUGGCUAACUCCUUUGUUGAUGAUGAAUGA